AUGGAUAUCGAGCCCUUGACAAAUAUCAAAGACGUUCUCUACCACUGGAUUGAAAACGACGGGGCAACGAAACGGAACGGGGUGGUGAGGGGCGACCGUGUAUUCGACACAAUUCAAAACGCCUACUCCGAGAGAGGCGGGUGGGAGGGUUGGGCUCAAGUCGAGAUCGCCCACAUCAUAAAGGCAAACUACACAAGCCUGAGCGUCACUCGCGAGGACGGGGUCUAUGAUGGCAAUACCAAGCGAUCAGAUCUCGUACUGGAUAACGGGUUCGGUACCCGUAACAUCAUCGAGCUCAAGUGCCAACGAGGCAGCGCAGAUGCCAACCCGGCGUGGAUUGUGCAGCAGGUCCUUGAUGAUGCACACAAGCUUCAGCAAACCCUUAAGCCUGAGUUCCGACCGGCCAAGUGUUUCGCGGUUGGCAUUGCAGUCACGCCGGAAGCAAUUGAGGCAUUCAGAAACCCGGCUAAUUGGCGCGGCGUCACAUGCAACUGGCAGGCCUGCAAGAACAACCGCAUCAUUACAUUCUGGGUAGAGACGGAUGUUGAAUAA